AUGCCCUUUCCGUCAAUUGCAUGCUCGCGGCCGAUUUUCACCGAGGUCGUGCGACCCGAGCUGCGUGGUUCGAUCAUCGCUUACCAAGCCAUGGUGGAGGGUCUCAUGGGAUCCCUCGGCGCGUUCUGGGUUGGCAGGCUGGCUCAGUACACCUUUCACUACCAGACCUCGCGCGCGGCGGUAGAGGACAUGCCUCCAGCACUGCGUGAGCAAAAUGCGCGAGCGUUGGGGCUUGCUCUGACCAUCACCACAACUAUCCCGUGGACAAUUUGCACUCUUCUCUACAGCCUCGUCCACUUCACGUACAAGCACGACCGGAAUCGGGCUGCCGAGAGCCAGAGCCAUAUGUGGUAA